UCUCCUGUCACAUGACUGCGCAUGCGCACCAUGAUCAUGAUCUGUCUGAAGGAAUUUCGGAAAGAGUUUGGAUCAGCGCGAACAAUAAACACUUUCUGAAGUAAGACAUAGACCUAUCGAUCUCAGUUUUAUCCUUCUCCUGUCCCGGGAUCGACUUCAACCCCAGAGCGCAGAGCUUAAGGCCAGAGGAGGGCCAGCAGACUUGGACACCAGCAAGAUGGCAGACAUGUCAGUGGAGGACAUCACAUUGAGAGCCAACCAUGUUACAGAUGAGUCACUUGAAAGCACUAGGCGGAUGCUACUGAUGGCAGAGGAGAGCCGGGAGACGGGUGUCAAAACAGUGACCAUGCUGGAUGAGCAGGGAGAGCAACUAAGGCGAGUCGAUCAAGGAAUGGACCAGAUCAAUCAGGACAUGAGGCAGGCUGAGAAGAACCUGACUGAUCUGUCCAAAUGUUGUGGCCUGUGUGUGUGCCCAUGUGACAGAGUGACUUCCAUUGAUCAUGAUGGGAGAUAUAAGAAGACUUGGGGUACAGGUAGUGACUACUCCAGUACAGACAGAAAAGAGGGCGGCGUUGUAUCCAGCCAACCUAGUGGCGCUCGAAAUGGACAGGCUGUUUCGGGUGGGACAGCGGGUGCAUCUGGCCCCUACAUCAAGAGAAUAACAAAUGAUGCACGAGAAGAUGAGAUGGAGGAGAAUCUGGAGCAGGUGGGCAGCAUCAUCGGGAAUCUCAAGAAUUUGGCUUUAGAUAUGGGCAGUGAGAUCGAAAAACAGAACAAAACCAUUGACCACAUCACUGAUAAGGCUGAUAUGAAUAAAGCUCGCAUUGAUGAAGCCAACCAGCGAGCCAACAAGCUUCUGUAGAGAAUGGACACUGCCAGCUAAGCUCAGGCGCUUUUGAUCUCUCUCUCUCUCAAACACACACACACACACACACACACACAAACCAACACACACUUUCUCUUUUUCAACAAUGAAUUGCAGCAAGUGCGUUAAGUUCUUUCAAUGCCAUCUGUGCCUUUUUUAUCCGUUUUGUUCUAUUGUAAAUAGUUGGACACCGAUAUAUUUCAAAGCCUCCUGUAAAAUCAAGUCUUCACCCUUAAUAUAUGAGACAAAUAUGCUGGACACACCGAGUGGCUUUGCUCACUGCUGUCCUCUCAGUCUGUAAUGGAUGGAGUCUAAUCUCUCGGGAUGGUGAUGGGUUAUGUCCGUCCCUCUCACUGCACUUCAAUCAGCAUGCCUAAUAGUUUCACUUAGUCUGAAUGAAGGGCCAAAGACUUACGACAGAACUUUUAAUGUUCUGGUAUGCUGCCCUUAUAGCCGUUGAUGUAUGUUUGGACUAAUGAUAUAAUGUUUGUUUUCUGUUUAGCUCUAUCUAUGACUGAUCAUACUCAUAUUUAAUUAUCUCAAGUCAUUAAUGGACCUUGUGAAUGCAGUUAGUCCUAUUCAAUGUUUGGGGGGGAGGGUGCGGGGGAAUGUAUGGUGUCUUUUUUAAUUGCAUAAUUUACCAUGCUAUGUAGGAAAGGACAUUUCAGUGUAUCUGUUUUACUGCUAAUAAAGCUAGUAUAAUAA